AUGUCUAAUAAACAUUUGAACAUCACGCACAUCAUCCCCCUGACUGAGCGCUUCCUCCCCGUCCUGCCUGUCCAUCCCACUGAGAGCCUGCUGCCCGUGCUGACCAUAAGGCAGUGGACACGUGCAGAAGCGCCUGCAGCCUGCAGCGUCCACCCCCCUCGCCCGGCCGCCUGCCCGCCCGCCACAGCCAUCCCACCAGCGCAGCCUCCCAUUGGCCGAGCGCGCACAAUGGUGGGAAUUAUGGGAUUGCGGACCGGAGCUGGACAGGAACUGGGAGCCAGGCUGCUGCUGGAGCGCAUCCAAGUGUCUGGGGGAACUAUCCAGAGGGCAGCGCUGGUCAUCCUGGAGAGCUACUAUAAGGACUUCCCGGUGCAUAACCCGGCCCUGCUCACUGCCUCCAAAUCCAGGGCAGCCAAGCACCUGGCCGGCCUCAAGGUCUACAACGUGGACGGCCCUGGAAAUAACGCCACAGCGGGUCAGUCUCGGGCCAUGAUCGCCGCAGCGGCCAGGAGGCGAGACACGAGUCACAAUGAGCUGUACUACGAGGAGGCUGACCACGAGAGACGCGUGAGGAAACGGAAAGCCAGGACGUCGAAAAGUGAAUACAAGCUGGUGGUGGCGGUAGAGGAGGCGUUCACGCACGUGAGGCGCAUGCAGGAGGAGGAGCUGAAGAAGCCGCCGGGCGAGGUGAUGGACCCACGUGAGGCGGCGCAGGCCAUUUUCCCGUCCAUGGCGCGGGCGCUGCAGAAGUACCUGAGGACCACGCGCCAGCAGCACUGCCACAGCAUGGAGAGCAUCCAGAAACACCUGGCCUUCUGCAUCACCAACAACAUGACGCCCAAGGCGUUCCUGGAGAGCUACCUGACCCCAGGCCCGACGCUGCAGUACGGGCGUGAGCGCUGGAUGGCCAGCCAGUGGACGCUGGUGAGCGAGGCGUCCGUGACGAGCAGCCUGAGGGACGGCACGGCCUUCCUGCUCAAGUGCAUAGACUUCAGCCUGGUGGUCACCACCAAGGCCAUCCCCUACAUCAAGCUCUCCGAGGAGUUCAUCGACCCCAAGUCCCACAAGUUCGUGCUCCGGCUGCAGUCGGAAACCUCCGUGGGUAUCUGGAAUGUGGACACAGUGGCAUAGGAUUCCGUAGGCUACUCUUCCCGUCUACUGGCGUGGUGUCUAGCUACCUCGGUGUGCUCCCCCAGGGUUGCCAUAGCAACAACGACGCACGCGCGCUUGCGUUCUGCCUCUGUCGACUAGCAACAUGACUCUCGAUCUCAAUCUCUGAUUACAUAUCCUGACCUAAACAGCCCAUGCAGCAAUCAUUCAAGAUUUCCUGAUUCUCAUGAAACAUGAAACAUGUCUGUAUAUAUUUAAAUUAUGCUUAUAGUCAAUGUACACGCACACAGUAUGUGUCUGUUUCUGUACAUGUGUGUAUAUGAAAACACUAUAACCCCUUGUUUUAUACACAUCCUAACUGCACAUAUUUUUGUUCUCUUUGAUCAUGAAAUCAAGUGUCCUCUUCCUCUCUUCAAAUUCAGAUCUGAAGGUUCCUAUCUGAGGGAUCCUCAGAUGUUCGUGUAGCAUGUCAGGACAAAGUCUCUUUGGCGCCCCGCCCCUUCAAAAAAUGAGUAAUUUCUCUUGUAAAAAUAACAAGAUCCUGUUUCUGUUCGAACACCCAAUUCCAUGUUUGUACCACUGACUCACUGCACAUACCUGUGCACUUUACUUGAGCAGUAACCAAGAAAAAUGAUGCACUCAUUGCUCACUGUUACACAUGCUAGCCUGUUGUAUUACAUAAUAAUAUGGUCCUCUCAAUACUACGGGCCUGUUAGCCACACGUGCUAGCAGGCCUCAUUCUAAUAAAACACUCCUGUUUUAGCCCCAACAAUUCUAACUAUCAUACCUGUAUCAUACGUCUGUAAGAGAUGUCAUGAAGCAUGUUUGUUCCUGAUUAUAACCAAAGUUUUAUUGUUCAUAGCUUAGUUUAGUUUUGAUCUCUGAUUUGAGAAGGUAAUGGGGACAAUAUCAUUUCAAAAGGACCCAAAAUGUCUUUCUCACUGUCUGGUGUCUGUUGCUUAUUCUCUGUGAAAGAGAUUUGAGACUUAAAGAGGGAUUCUGUAAAGAGACAUAUGGUUGAGCAGAGCCAAGCAUGUUUCUCAUUGAUUUUUUUACUGUUCUGUCUGUUCGAAACCCCUCGUAUGAGAGAGAUGAUAUAUAGCUUUGUGGUUGGAUUCAUGAAGUGAGAUGUUUGGGAAAAAAUAUUUUUUUAAUCCUAAAUGUCCAGACAGUUAUUUUCAGAUGUGUCCGUUUUGGCAGUGCAGUUUGCACCAUCAUCCAUCUUUUCUCCCUCUGUUUUCUCUCUGUUUUCUCUCUGUUUUUACUCUGUUUUUACUCUGGCUGCUCUCAUCCCCUGUGGUCCCUAUUUAAGAUUCUAAUCAGGACGGCCCACUUCUCAUUCUGAAGAGUCUCUCUCUCUCUUUUUCUGUCUCUCUCUCUCUCUCUCGCUCAAGAGUUUAACCCCCUUUAUCUGUUUAAUCACCAGACACAAGAGUUUAACCAGCACUGCUUGUUUAGAUGGAGACUCCUAAUCCUGCUAUGUCAGACCCCAUCCACUCUCCCUUCAGUCUGAGCCCCUACACACACACACACACACACACACACACACACACACACACACACACACACACACACACACACACACACACACACACACACACACGCAAGCUGAUGGCCACCUACAUGAACAGCCUAUUAACCCCCCUCACUUUGUACAGAGAAGGCCGCUUGGGGCUAAAGAUCACUCGCUCUGUGCUUUCUCACAAGGUGAAAAACCCAAGCAGAUUGCCUUGUAGAUGGUGGAUAGGGCUGGGGGGGGGGCUGGGGAGGGGGUGAGGGGGGUCGAGAGACGUGGACAUCGCCCGGCGUUUCCCAUCUGGAGCCGCCCCGGUGGUCUGAGCAGGUAGAGCAGCUGUGUCGCCGGGUCACUGGAGAUGGUGGCGAGCCAUCUCCCACGCGCAAAGCCCACGAGUGUUGAGGGACGUGUUGUUGCUGCUCUACGUUGCUCUCAGUAAAGAACACAAGGGAGGGACUAGACUAGAGAUGAAUUUCUUUUCUUCUUCUCCCUCUCUCUCCCUCUCUCUCUCCCUCUCUCUCUCCCUCUCUCUCCUUCUCUGUGGUGAUCAAGUGGCAGUGCUGACAGCCGCCUGUUCAGAGAUUGCACUUGAAAAGAGGCGCUGUGGUGAUGUCAAAGGGAAAUGGAUACUUUGAAAUUUUCAUGAAAGAGUCCUCCCACAACCUCUAUGUGUCCUCAUACGUUUGGAGUUUAGUUUCGCUUGGCUGCUGCUCAUUUUAUUUUAUUAUUAUUUUUUAUUUUAUUUCUCUAAGCCUCAUGUCUUCAGUGCUCUCUCUCUCUCACACACAUACCCGUCAUAUCAGGACGGCAGACACCAGAGCCCGGCCCUGUGAAUACACAGCCCUGGGGUUAUAAAACCACUCUAAACACUCCAUCAAAUAACCACAGAGCAGUGGACCAGGCGCACGCACGCACACACACACACACGCACACACACACACGCACGCGCACACACACACACGCACACACACACGCACACACGUGCGCGCGCACACACACACACACACACACACAGCGGAGCUGCAUGAAUCUAAUCUCAUUACUGCUAUAAUGACUGCUGCUUUUGUGUCAAACGAGAGGAAUGAUGAAAGAAAGAAAGUAUGACCAAAAGCGAUCACGGGGCAGUGUUGUGCUUUUGAGUGGUGUGGGUGUUUUAGAAGAAGUCGUAGGCCUGUUUUGUGUACAUAUAUCCUUCAACAGCUCUUAUGAGAAAAAGGAAGAAACUUUGAAAGAUGGACUUCUAGUGUUGGGUGUGGCCUAAUCUAUCACCCCUGUUCUGAUUAGAUUUUUAUAGCCCUGCAUGAAGAGAAAUACUAAUGAUUCCCCAAUCUUUUAUACUUCUUUUCAUUCUUAAAUGGACAAUGAAACAGGGAGGGGAAAAGACUACCCACGGUAAAUUAGGCUCUCCAUCAAGUCCCUUUCAGAGCCUAAAACAUGGCCACAAGCGCCACCUACCUGUCAUAAUAGGAAGUUCACAGCUGAUUUACAUGUGAAGAUGUUCAUGCUUUAUUGCGUUAUUCACAGUUGUUGGCAUAAGUCAAUGCCACAGGGAGUGUGUAAAUGACAUGUUUUAGUUUUACGCACUUCAUUGUUUUUAUAAGUUUAAACAACCCCAUAAUAGAAGCAUAAAACCCCCAAGAACUGACCAAUGGCAGUUAUCUUUUAUAUGGUUAAAGUAUUAUGUCAGUCUGAGAUUUGGAGUUUUUAAUUAUGGAAAUUGGUGUUUUUUUGUAUGUGCUGUAGAUCUCUUUUUCACUUUUGUGGAUACGUGCUAACAUGUAUGUAAGGGUUUUGUGAGAUGUACGUAUGAAUGUAUGUUAUGCCAAUCCUGAUCACAUUGAUCAUCGCUCCCUCACCAACUGUCAAAAGGAAGUGUUUUUCAAUGGGUUUUUACGUUUUUUUUCCUCCCAAAUACACACUGAAGGAAGAGGUAUAUGUCUUCAGGUCACAACCUUGCAUUUGUACAAAAUAAAUAUUUGUAUGAGUAUUUUA